GAAUGUAGAGGAGUUUGCUACGAUGCCAAAAUAGAGUUGCAAUAUUCAUGUGAAUAUAAAAAAAGUUGUGUAAAAACUCAGAUGAAAAGAUGUUACAAUCCAACCACAUGCAUGGGGACGUGGACUGAACAGACAGCCGGAGUCUGCAGUGUAACGUGUGGUGCGGGAAUAUUAAAGAUUAAUCAGACUUGCAGAUUAAAAUCCUACCUGUCAACAAAUUGUCCUGGCACAAACGGCACAAAGCCGUCAAGAACAAUACAACAGCAAUGUUAUAAUUGCCAAACGUGGAAUAAUUGGACAGAAUAUACUCCUUGUAAUUCAAGUUGUACGAGAGUAAAGAAUAGAACUUGUCAGACACAAAAAUCAUCUGCAUGCGGAAAUUCUUCUGCAGUUGAAAUCAAAUUGGAACCGUGCUCAAAUGGACCAUGCUCAUUACCAUCUCACACUUUCCAACCAGAAUCCUCAUCUCUAUACUCUUAUCUCACAUACAUCGGUGGAGCUGCUGGCUUUCUUCUGCUUGUUUUGAUAAUAGCUAUUACAGUGAAAAGCAGACAAAAUGAAAAACAACCUGAACAGGAAGAAAAGUCUGAAAGAGUUUAUAUAACUGAAAUUGAUCAAAUUUCACCCACCACUGGACGACGCAGGCACAGUUUUGGAUCUCAUUAUGAAAACCUUGAUGGAAAUGUCUAUGCAGAUCCGGAUGAAAUGCUGACAGUAAAACAAAAAAUAGAAAGACAUCUCACUACUAAAAUAAAAAAAGAACUUAAAUCUAUUGAUAACACAAUAAGUUUGGAAAAAGUUAAAACAGCAUCGCCUUAUUCAAUGGCAGAAGAUACAGAGGCGAGUAAUGCCAAAUCGCCAACAUUUAAUCAUCUUCAUUGGCUAGAUUCCAAUCAAAAUUUCGAUGUGGAUGACAGCGAUUCAUUUGAAGAUGACGACGACGAUUAUGAUGUAAACGAACAAGGACUCCCCCAGGUAGCUACAUAUGAAACGAUUAAUUAUGCGGAGGUUAAUGCUGACGCGAAGAAGAAAGGGGCUAAGGAAUAUGCAAAAGUGAACAGAAAAAAGAAGAAAAAUCGCGACAAAAAAGACAAAACAAAACAGCAGUUGAAACUGGCCGGUCUGGAUGUGGAUCAACCUUCUCCUUAUUACGAAAGCGCUUUCACAAACCGAGGUUUUGUCGACCCAUUCACUCCUCCAGUAAGUCCGAUAUCUCCAUUGCAAAGAAGCACCACAACAAAAAACGAUAAGAGGCCAAAAAAGGCACUAAUGCCAAAGCGCAAUACCGUAAAUCCAAAAGUACGGACAAGAGGACAAAGCAUGAUUGAUUCAGAAAGUAAUUCAAAAUGUACUCAAAGAGACAGAUCGAUUACGGCCCCAGUUGAACCAGUAUUUACGCCACCCACUUCACCUACCAACAAUCAAGUAAAUUACACCGAUAUGGCAGGAAAUACUUUGCAAAACACGCAGUAUACAGACAUGAGUGUGCAAAAGACUAGGAAUCCGAUGGUUAACGCUGUUUCGUAUUCGGAUAUGAGCCGAGGAUAUACGGAUAUGACGUCAUCUACGUCGAUGCAGGUUCCCGAUGCGUACAGCUUCGGGAAUGAAAGGCCAUAGUGAGACUUGUGUGUAGUUGGUUUACCAAUUUUCACGUGUAAUAUAUGUCCACUUGUAUGUAAAUAAUUUCAUCGCAAAUAGAUUCUUUAUGUAAAUUCUACUAUAAAGUCGGCAAAAA